GCUCACAACUAGCGCUACCGGUAGCUGUGAUCAUCAUUGGUAUUUCAUUACAGUAGUUCGAAGAAAUUGUUCCCAACCCAUACGCCAUGACUUCCCGAGACAUACGACCCACCAUAGCAACAACGGUUGCCUUGAUUGUGGGCAGCGGUGCCCUGUGGUAUCGGAGCAACAGAAGCAAGCCAGAAGCAGACCCAGACAGCAACGACGACAGCAACGACGACAAGGACAAGGACACCGACGAGCUCGACCUCUCCGUCCUUCCCUGCAUCCGAAACCGCCGGUCGGUCUUCCCCUCGAGCUACCUCAAGGAUCCCCCGCCGCUCGACGACGCGAUCGUCCGGUCCCUCCUGGAAGCGGCCCGAUGGGGGCCCUUCCACGGGAACAACUACAAGGGCUGCAUCCACCCCGCGAGGUUCGUCGUCCUGGGCAGGAAGGCCGCGGUGGAGAUGCAGGAGAUGACCCUCGCGUACUACGACCGGAACUGGAGGGAGACCGGCUGGGGCUGCUCCUCCUCGGCCUCCGGCGAGGACCUCCGCGAGGAGGACUACCGAGAGUGGCGGGAGAGGACGCACGCCGAGAUCACCGGCCGGUGGGCCCCCUGCUCGCACAUGAUUGCCAUUGUCUGCCGGAGGCAGUCGGGCCCGAAGAGGCUCCCCGAGUGGGAGGAGGCCGCGGCCGUGGCGGCGGCCACCCAGAACAUGCACCUCCAGUCGACGAGGUUCCCGGAGCUGGCCUGCUACUGGAGCUCGUGGCACGCGGCGGCCCGGGACAGCGCGGAGAUGAAGGACUUUCUGGGGAUGGGGCCGGAGGACCGGUGCAUGGGGAUUUUCGUCGUGGCGCAGAGGGACCCCCGGCGCUGCUCCAAAACCGACCGGCGCAGGCGGGACGCCUCCGUCCUGGAGGUCGAGUGGCGGCCGUGAGCGUGUGGGUGCGGUGUUCCAGAAAUUCACCGCCCCAUCGCUUCGUGCGUUUCGUCGCACGAACCUUCCGCCAGAGGAAAGAUUCACGCUGGCAACUAUCGAACUGCUUUGAGUAAAGUAGUGUAAUGUGGUUCGAAGUUGUCCUACAUUCUAGUAUGCAUUUGCUAUUUACUACUGUGUCGUUCCGCAUCGAGCAGAAGCUCGUAUCGGUAGCAGAAACAGAAUCUUCGGUGUACGCUACUACUAGCUAUCGUAGGAUACGGUACGGUAGAGGCCGAGAUGUCACGAAAGUCGAAAAACGCAUGCGUACAGAAUUAGUUUUGUUUUGGAAUCUUGUCGUCCUUCCACCGCACGCGACGCGACGCGACGCGAGCUUUCUCGUUUUCUUCUUUCUGCUGGUUCCGAAAAAUCUGGAAAAACAAUCAGCCCAAACGAAUGCCCGGUCAACCUUCCGUUGCCAACGGAUUCUAUUCUAUGGUUUUCUGACCAUUGUUUCGGUUUCGUGUGGCACGAUGGGUUUUGGGUCACGCUGCCUCCUGCUGCGUCGUUCGCCGUUUCGAGGCCGCGGCGGCAGCGACUUUCGUCGGGUGCAGCAACUGCAGCAACCAGCAGUUGCUGCACGGCAUCCCCGAAGGCCAUCCGACGGGGUCCGCAGUCGGAUUCUGUCCACAAAAAGUUCCUCCCGCUCAUUCCAAAGCACGGCAUAUCAUCGCAUACCAUCGCAUACUACCAUCGCAUACCAUACCAUUGCAUACCAUACCAUCGCAACCGCCACCCCUGCCACAAGAGAAAACGAAUGAAGAGCCUCCUGCAACGAUUGAUCGACGGGUGCCCCGGACGAACCCCCCGGGAAACCGCCGGAUCCCCCGCGGCCGCCAAGAUGCGGGCCGCGGACCCGUGCGAUGCCCGGGCGCUGGUCGACCUCUUUUCCCAGCGGGGCAUCGCGAGGCCCGGGGGCUUGUCCGCCGCCGACCUGGCCUUCGACCGGUCCACCGCAAUCGAUCCCCGCUCCGGGAGAAUCCUGAGGCCUGCGCCGGGCACGAGGCCUUUGCCCCCUGGGUCUGGACGAGGCACCUGGCCUACCUCGAAAGCCUGCGGGGGCUCUCCCUCGAACGGUGCGCCUCGGCCACCCUCGGGCGGGACCUGGGAUCCCUCAAGGCGCUGCGGUCCCUCGCCCUCCGCGGCUGCGCCACCUCCUCCGCCGAGGGCCUGCUGGCCGGGAUCCUCGCCGGGACCCACCGCUUCCGGACCACCCUGGCCCACCUGGCGAUCCGGGACUGCGGGCUCACCGGAGACCACCUGGGGGUCCUCCUGAAGGGCGUCGUGCCCUUGCUCCCAAACCUGGAAACCCUCGACCUGUACGGCAACCGCAUCGGGAGCUUCCGGCCCGCCGCGGAAUCCCUCGACCGGGCAGCGGAAGGCCACGCCUGCCUGCACACGCUCCUGGUGGCGGGCAACCCGAUCGAGGACUGGUACCGCUUCGGCCCCACCGAAGCGGACGCCCUCCUGGCGAUCCUCCGGGCCUUUCCGAGGCUCUCGUGGGUCACCCACCUGCGGGAGGGAGGCGACGCCCACCCGCGCGUGGAGCUAACCAUGCGCACCAACUACGCGGGACGCGUCCUCCUCGGGGCGGGAACAGAGGCAGCAACGGCACCGGAGGGAGGGGAGGAACCCCGCGGACCCCGACCCCCCUCCGUGCCGGUGUCGGCGUGGCCGCGGGUUCUGGAACGGGCCGCGAUGUGGAAGAGGUUCAUGGAUUGCAACGACACCAACGUCACCGGGAUCUACUACUUGCUGCGCUGCGGGCCCGCACUGCAUUCGUGACGGCAAACCGAACGAACCAAGGGAAUCCAUUCUUACUCGCUUUGUGAAACGCCGCGUUGCGUCCGUGUGAAACACGAAUUGUUUCGCAGCACGGGCUCCAUAGUUCAGCGCUUUGUUUGUAGUUCUGGGUUUUGCCGAAUAAGAACAUUCUUUUCUG